GCCAAAUGGAAUACAUAGCUGUGUUUUCCCCGACCGGAAGUAUCGUGAAGUCCUCACUUAUAGGCAACAUCUGCAGUGGUUUCCGUACCAUGUAACGGUCUCUUCGCACGAUGUACCGAAGCGGAAGGCCCUCUCAUACUCAUUCCGGCGCACACUCAGGGUCCUCUUGCUCGUCGAGCUCUCAAAGUCAAGUCCAGUCAAGAGAUCUGUUCUCUGCGUAUGAGCCUAGCUCUGGGACGUACACGCCAUUCCCGACCGCUGCUGAUGCGCUCAUCGCUCGUUUACGACUCGAGUCUGGGCUUGGAGUACCAACGGUUAACUUAUUCCUUGAUAUCUUGCAUCAUCCGGAAUUCAAGUUAGACGAACUGACGGUGACGGAUACAUCUGAUAUUGACCUUGAGGUUGCUAAGCACCGGAGUAAUGUGCGAAGAUUACGGGAACAGACCAUCCCACCGUCGACAAUAACGUCCACUAUCGGACGCGGCUCUGAAGACGAAAAACCUGGCUUUGACGUUCCAUACCCUGUUCUGGAACGAAUCUUGGAUGCUAUCUCCACGGAUACAGACCUAGUAGACGAACCGCUACAAUACCAGAUCCCUCUCGUAGACGCUAUGGAGCGUCAAAGAGGAGACUGUUUACGCAACAUGGCGCUCGUGCAUCGUUCAUGGACUAUCCCAAGUCAACAACGCCUCGCAGCACGCAUGGUAGCAAGAUCCCCAUCUGCACUUCUGCGACUUCUCCGGAGCCCGCUUCCGGGGACGCAUACUCGGGAACUUGUUGUGGCACUCGGCGAUGUAUGGAAUAAUAGCUACCGUUUCGAAGGUACGGAAAGCCCUGUUCGGCCCGGCGACGUGGAGACGGAUCUAUGCAGUCUACUAAAACGUCUACCGAGAUUAAGGUCUUUAACACUAAAGGAGAGCGGGCUACGUGAAGACUUGCUGUUACCCGUGAUUUCCGAUAUCAAGACCCUUGAAAGUCUCUCGUGGCACUGUGCGCAUGGGUACCCGAGCUGCGACUUUGCGUACCUUGCUGAUGCUCUUCGUCGUCUGCCUAACCUUACGGCGUUGGAGAUCAGCGGCUGGAGCUUUCAUGCUGCGUCUGGCAUAACAGGCGGACCACCUCUCCGACGACAGCUCAAUGAAUUGAGAAUAUGCAUAUCACCAGGUGACAUGCAAUUGAACCGAGUCGGCUGGCUACUUCAGGCCCUCAAAGUCGAUGCGCCGACAAAACUGACACUCGAUAUAACCUUAAUCGGCACUCUCACCAUGGCGGAGGUCUUCAGGACAUAUCCCGGUGCACAAGAGGCACUAGCCACUCUACACACAUUACACCUCAUCAACAAGGGCGGGUUCGUCGAGUUCAACCUAGCUCAAGCACGAACACUUCUCCAAGCCUGUUCAUCUGUACGAAAACUCCACAUUCAAGGACAGACAGCACCGAUUACCGAGUUCUUGGAUAUCCUUCCAUCGACAACAGAAGAGCUGUGUUUCAGCUGGUUUGAUAUGUGGAUGAGCCCGUGGAACCUUGUGGAGAGACAUUUGCCUGAACUCGUACGAACCGAACGGAUGAACAACCUCAAAAGGAUUGUCGUUUAUAAUUAUGAGGUACCGUUUUAUCGAGCACCUGUUGAGGAGGAUGGAGAGCCAGUUAGUCAUCCUUGUCCAGAUGCGCAGGAGGCUUGUAGCAGACAUGGGAUUGAGUUGGAUCUUUGGAGUAAACCGCCAGAUUGGAGGAAUAUAUAG